AUACUCUACUCCACAUCCAAACUAUAUCUCAAAAACAAAACAUGAUGCCCUUAAAGAUUUCCAUUCUCUCUCUCAUCUUUCUCUCCCAAACAAUCCCUGCUCUCUCAGCCAAAGAGAGAUGCAACCCAAAUGACAAGAAAGCCCUCCUACAAAUCAAGAAAUCCCUCAACAACCCUUAUCAAUUGGCCUCAUGGGAUCCCAGCACUGAUUGCUGUGAUUGGUAUGUCGUCCAAUGCGACCCCAACACCAACCGCAUCGUCCAAUUCAACCUCUUCUCCGCCAACAUCUCCGGCCAGAUUCCGGCCGCCAUCGCUGACCUCCCCUUCCUCGAAACCUUAGUCUUCCGAAAGCUCACCAACCUCACCGGACAAAUCCCAGAAGCCAUAUCCAAACUCACUAACCUUAAGCUACUUAGACUAAGUUACACCAACCUCUCCGGCCCUAUUCCUACAUUCCUUAGCCAGCUCAAGAACCUCACUUUCCUCGACCUAUCGUUCAACGACUUAUCCGGAUCCAUCCCUCCGUCCAUCUCCAACCUCCCGAACCUCGACGCUCUCCACUUAGACCGGAACAAGCUCACCGGCAGCAUCCCCGACUCCCUCGGGAAGUUCACCGAGAAAGUUCCCGAUCUAUAUCUUUCCCACAACCAUCUGACUGGAAGCGUUCCCCGAUCAUUAGGCGACCUAAACUUCACCGUGCUGGAUUUUUCAAGAAACCAGCUUGAAGGGGACAUAUCAUUCUUGUUUGGCACAAACAAGACAAUACAAAUCCUGGACUUUUCGAGGAACAUGUUGGAGUUUGAUCUGACAAAGGUGGAGUUUCCGGAGAGCUUGACGUCGUUGGACUUGAAUCACAACAGGAUCAUGGGGAAUCUGCCGGAGGGGUUGAGUCAGCUGAAUUUGCAGUAUUUGAAUGUGAGCUACAACAGGCUGUGUGGGCAGAUUCCAGUUGGUGGGCAGCUGCAGAGCUUUGAUGCUAGUUCAUAUGUGCAUAAUAAGUGCUUGUGUGGUGCUCCAUUACCACCCUGCAACUAAGAUUUGGACAGUAUGGAAACCUUACGGCCCGUUUACCUUUGUUUCCAUCUUUAUCUUUAAUUUCCAGUAUUUCUAUUGGGAUAAAAAUACUUUAUUUUUUCAUGAGAAAUAAAAAUAUAUUUGGAGGAUAUGUUUA